GCGCCGACGCCAACGCCGCGAACUCACACGGAAUGACCUCCCUGCACUACGUGGCUUGGUCUGGCCAGCUGGACAUCAUGCGCCUGCUACUGGAGGCCGGCGCCGACCCCAAUGUCGCCGAGACGAAGAGGGGAGCGACGCCUCUGAUGCAGGCAGUGAGUAAGGGCGAGGAGGCGGUGCACCUGCUACUGGAGGCCGGCGCCGACCCCAACGCCGCGGACUCGUUCGGACGGACCUCCUUGCACAUCGCGGCUCGCUCUGGCUGGCUGGACAUCGUGCGCCUGCUAUUGGAGACCGGUGCAGAUCCAAACGUCGCCAUGACGAAGAGGGGUGAGACGCCGCUGAUAAUGGCGGCGUGGGAGGGCGAGGAGGCGGUGGUGCAGAUGCUGCUUUCACGCGGCGCCGACGCCAACGCCGCGGACUCGUACGGACAGACCUCCAUGUACCACGCGGCUCGCAUUGGCUGGCUGGACAUCGUGCGCCUGCUACUGGAGGCCGGUGCAGAUCUCAACGUCGCCGAGACGGAGGGUGGAGUGACGCCGCUGAUGAUGGCGGUGAGUAAGGGCGAUGAGGCGAUGGUGCAGAUGCUGCUCUCACACGGCGCCGACGCCAACGCCAAGGACUCGUACGGACAGACCUCCCUUUACCACACGGCUCGCUCUGGCUGGCUGGACAUCGUGCGCCUGUUACUGGAGGCCGGCGCCGACCCCAACGUCGCCGAGCAGAUAAACGGAGAGACGCCGCUGAUGAAGUCGAGACGCCGCUGA